CCCCGCGCGCCACGGUCGCCGCCGCCGCAGUCCGCUCCACGCCGGCGGCCCCGAACUCCCGGGACUCGGCUGCUGGUGGGGCGCGGUCGGGGGCGCGGGGACAUGGAACCCGGUCCGGCCGCGGGGGGCUCGGAGACCACCCGGUUGGUGAGUCCACGGGAACGCGGCAACGCGGGAGGCAGCCUGCGCUUGAAGAGUCUCUUCCCAGAGUCGUCUUCGGCCCUGUCCCAGGAGUCCAAACCCCAGGAGAUGCCCGAGCAUCACUGCCACAGGGACCCCCUGCCACCCCCUGGGCUCAGCCCCGAGAGGCUGCGGGCGCAGAAGCAGCUGUGUGCAGCCUGUGCCGUGUGCUGCGUCUUCAUGGCCGGAGAGGUGGUGGGUGGGUACCUGGCCCACAGCCUGGCCAUCAUGACGGACGCGGCCCACCUGCUGGCGGACGUGGGCAGCAUGGCGGCCAGCCUCUUCUCCCUGUGGCUCUCUACGAGGCCGGCCACCCGCACCAUGACCUUCGGCUGGCACCGCUCAGAGACACUGGGUGCGCUGGCCUCCGUGGUCUCUCUCUGGCUUGUCACUGGCGUCCUCCUGUACUUGGCCUUUGUCCGCCUGCUGCACAGCGACUACCACAUCGAGGGUGAUGCCAUGCUGCUGACUGCCAGCAUUGCCGUCUGCGCCAACCUCUUAAUGGCCUUUGUGCUGCACCAGGCCGGGCCCUCCCACAGCCACGGGUCUCGGGGGUCAGAGUAUGCACCCCUGGAGGAGGGGUCAGGGGAUCCUCUGCCUUUAGGGAACACCAGUGUCCGGGCGGCCUUUGUGCACGUGCUGGGGGACCUCCUGCAAAGCUUUGGGGUUCUGGCCGCCUCCAUCCUCAUCUACUUCAAGCCAGAGUACAAGGCGGCUGAUCCCAUCAGCACUUUCCUCUUCUCCAUCUUCGCGCUGGGCUCUACGGCCUCCACUCUCCGUGACGUACUCUAUGUGCUCAUGGAAGGUACCCCCCGGAACGUGGGGUAUGAGCCUGUGAGGGACGCGCUGCUGGCGGUGCCCGGCGUCCGUGCUAUCCACGACUUGCACCUGUGGUCACUCACUCUCACCUACCACAUGGUAUCCACACAUCUGGCCAUAGACUCCACCGCGGACCCUGAGGCUGUCCUGGCCGAAGCCACCGCCCGGCUGUCCUCACGCUUCGGCUUCUCCAGCUGCACAGUGCAGGUGGAGCGGUACCAGCCCGAGAUGGCCCAGUGCCUGCGCUGCCGAGAGCCGCCCCAGGCCUGAGGCCUGAGGGGUCAGUGCAAGGCUGGGGUGCCUGGCCCUUCCUCUCCCCCUUCCCCUGCCUGCGACUCACCGGGCCCCAAAGUGAGGCGAGACCAAAGUGGGGGAGAGAGCGGGCACGGGGCUGAGUAGAUGUGGCCAUUUUGGGGUGACUCCAGGUUUCAGUGCAAGUUGGGGGUGGUUCCCCCACCCCGAAUCUCUCUCUGUGCCCUGCAGCCUGGGCCCCCAUAUCCUUCGUGCACUUCAUUCGUCUGUGAUGCAGCUGGCUGGCCGGGGCAAGGCCUGUCUGUGUAUUGUCAUGUGCCUGCCGCGUGGGAGUCGGGGUCCUCCCCUGCGGCCCCCGCUCUGUCUAUGCAGGGACCCCAAUGCUCGCACUUUGUCCGUGUCCUGUGGCUGUGGUGGGUGCCCGUGUGCCUGUCUGUGCCUGUGUGUCUGUGCCUGUAUCUGUCCGUCUGCACAUUCCAUGUGUCCGUUCAGGGCUCUGUCAUUCCUCCCGCCCUUGGUGCUGGGCCCUCGGCUAUCCUGGAGGAGGGGGCGAUGCUGCACAGCCCCUAAUAAACGUGUGUCUGUCUGA